UUGCUCGACUCUUGAUAGUACCUUGUCUUGCUACUGUGUAUCCCGGUCUUCUUCUGACACGGCAUCGUGAACCAACUUCUACUACACUCGUUUCAAAUCCCCUCGUGCAUCCCAUCCUAAAGAAUCAGCCGAGCGAGACCGACCACAAACAACACAAAAGGACAAAGGAUCCUCUUGAUCAAGAACCGGUUCAAUCUACCAUCUCAAGGUUCACCGACUUAAUCGCCCUCGUCCUGGUCUCGAGAUAGCAAGGUUCCAGGCAUCGUAUGCAAGGUAUCCGAAUCGGCUGGCGGAAAGCGUAGAUCUAGAGAUUGCCCUGACGGCUAUCAGCGUCGAAAUCAGGCUCGAUUUACGUUUGAUGCGGAAUGUCGCAUCAGCUCGACGGGUCUAACAUCAGCGACAUGCCGGCCUUGACAAGCUCCUCCUUCUCAAACACUUCGACCUUGCCUAGGACCCCGACCCAUUCCACCUCCUUUACCACGCCGUUGAACAAGGAUCCGAACGUACCUGUCAAUCCCAUGUUUCGUGACGCCAUGAACGCCUCGCCAGUCAAUACUCGUCUGGCACCAACCUCUGCCUCGGUUCAUACCAGCUCCAGCGCCCCGACGACGCUCGCAGCGAGUCCAGGUAGUCCUGCGAGACGCCCGCAAGGUGGAGAGUCGACGACGGUCGAUCAUGCGAUCAAGGUGGCAGGAGGUGACUUGAUGAGAGCGUUGAAGUCGCUAGUUGAAGAAAGGAACUCGCUGGCCAUCCAGAACGCUCAACUGUGGAAGAUGGUAGAGAAACGACAGACAGAAAAAACAGGACUGCGGGACAAUCUCAGCAGAGUUCAGAAACGGCUCAAGCAAUUGGAAGAUGAAGCGAUUAUGUCCAGCACGCAGUCGUCCCCUCAAUCGGGUCUAGGCGAAUCUUCGUCGGGAGAGGGCGAGAAGCAACCUCAGAACAGGAGACGAGCUGGGACGAUUACUGCUGCCAAAGAGAAUCGGCUUCAACGACCAGAGACGGGUCCGAGGUCAUACUCGGAUCGGCACGAUCUGCCUGUGAAUCGGAACCGAAGAGAUGGUAGGACAUCGCCCCUGCCAGACUCGGAGAUGCCAUUUCGGUCGACGAAAGAGUCGCUCAGCAGGAUCGAGAGCGCCAAUUCUUCCCGUUCGGAAACCUCGGGACGGUCCGGGUAUGGAAUGGAUGGUCCAGAAGAAGAUAGUCCGAGCAAGAUGAAGACGCCGAUGGCUGCACGGGAUAGAACUCGAUCGACCGAAGAGGACGAAGAUACGCCCACCGGGAAACGCUUACAGGCGGGUCUGUUGCCAGCUCCGCCUAUGCUCAACACACCGACGUCUUCGGAAAAACGCACGACGGGAGACAGCAGGAUGGCUUUCGAGCCUGAAGUGCGAGAAUAUCUCGCUCUGGCUCAGACUCCUCCGGCCGGCCGAGAAGCAUUCCCCAGUAUACCUGGACCAUCGCGACUCGGCUCGGGCCUAAGUACUGGGUCGAGUGUAGCUCCUUCUAGGCUGUCUACACCGCCUCCUUUGGGAGAAGGUCUUCCUAGCUUGAUUCCAGCUUCGCCUUACUCUGACACGGCCGAUAACAAAUCCGUCACGGAUGCGAGCGGCUUCAAGACUCCGGAUUCCAGUAGGCCAGACGAUAAUGCGGGAAAGAUUGAAAGGCACGAUGCCUUGUCGGUGAAAUCUGCCCCUGAAGUACGUCCAUUCGUCGGUCAUCAGGUCGAUGGCCCCCCUACGCCGAAUAGCAUGCAAGCCGAGCAUCCGGGUGCAAGCCGAACCAACUCGACCGAGCAGGGCAAUGUGAGCAGCAAGCCGUCUGCGACAUCAGUACGGCGGCAGGAAUCGACACGAAAGCCUGCCGGUGCCAAGCAAACCCAUAUACCGCGCCUCGUACCACGCCUGCUUCCUUACACUAGAUGCUCCAUCCCGUCCAGUCGGAUUGUCCCCAACACGCUCGGUAAGGAAGCUCUUUCGUUCAUCGUCAGCAUACAGCUGCGCCCACCUGGAGACUUGCAAGUCUACAAUUGGAACGUGGCCAAGUUUUUCAGCUCUUUUGUAGAGUUGGACACGAGGUUACGCCAGAAGAUGAGCAAGAAGGAGCUCAAACAGGCAAAGUUGUCGAGCCUGCCGGAGGGUCGAGCCUGGAAAGAUUACGGUCCAGCCAAGAUGGACAGAAUGAAGGCUACCCUCGAGACAUAUGUGCAGAACCUUCUGGCUUGCCCGUUAGAGGACAAGACCGAAAUCUGUUCUUUCUUGCAAACGGACGUUGUCGGUCAGCAGGACGAGGAACGUGGCGCGGGGAUGCCCAAAACGGGUUACCUGACGAAACGAGGAAAGAACUUCGGAGGGUGGCGCACUCGAUUCUUUGUGCUUGAAGGGCCUGCAUUACACUACUACGAACAGCGGGGAGGGGCGCUAUUAGGGUCCAUCCCGGUCGUGGGCGCCAAGAUAGGGAAACAGCAACAGGAUCGGUCGACCGAUGCCGAGGACGAGAAGGCGUACCGCCAUGCGUUCUUGCUGAUAGAGCCAGGUUCCGGACCGAACAGCAGCGCGACGAGACAUGUGCUCUGCGCCGAGAGCGAUUCAGAAAGGGACUCUUGGGUUUCAGCUCUGAUGCGUCACGUCAUUGGCCAGUUUGACGAACCGGGCCGCAUGAGUACUUCCUCGUCGGCGAGAGAGGAGCUCAGUAGUGUCGCCAACACUCCGACUCAGACGCAGCCCAAUCCUCCUCGCGCCUCGACUAGUUCUAGUGUGCAGGAUCUGCGCGGCGUAUUGUCACCUAACCGACAGAACAGCAAAGACGAUGUCGCUGUUUUGCGAGGGACCGCACAACCUAUAUCCGCCUUGUCUCCCAAUGGAGCGAAUUCCAAGCUCUUCAGCGCUGGCCCCACCCCGUCCUUCAUCAACAAACGAGAACAAGCCGCUCCAAAGCCUGUCUUGACAGAGUCUCGAUCGGAGCAUCGUCAAUCUCCUCAACUGCAAAGCGGACCCUUCGAUGGCGGCGGGGAGAUAUCCAGUUCUCUGCCUUCACACCUUGACACCAAAUCUGUCUCGCUCAGUAGCCUGGCAGACAUUGUAGACUCGCCGACACAAGAAUCGCCGCAGUCUACCCCUGUACGCCAAAAGAGGCAGAGUAUGAUGCCAGGUCGCUUGGUGAAAGAGCGCUCCGAACCGAUGAGGCCUUCUUUGGGUCCAUCCCGUCUGCAGAGCGGGCAUUCGCAUACAUCGUCUUUGGAACGUGAUGUACCGAAAAUCGAUCGAGGGAAAAUAUCUGCUCCCAACGGCGGAGUCGUUAUACCCCAAGGCUUCAUGUUUGGGAAUAAGGACACAAGCAAGGAGCCGGCGGACCGAGAGCGCAAAGUCAAGUCCCGAUUGUGGGGUUUCAACAAGACCGCUGCUCCAGCCGUUGUGAAUCGACCUGUCUUUGGCAUUCCUCUCAAAGAGAGUGUGGAGAUCGCCUCGGUGGCGGGGCUGCCUGCGGUAGUCUUCCGGUGCAUCAACUACCUAGAGGCGAAAGGAGCGCAACAUGAAGAAGGAAUCUUCCGUAUGAGUGGCAGUUCUGCUGUCAUUAAAGGCUUGAGAGAUCGCUUCAACGCUGACGGAGACUACGAUCUUCUCGCUCACGACGAGCGAUGGGACUUGCACGCGAUUACCGGACUUUUGAAGAUGUUCCUGCGCGAGGUGCCUUCCAUCCUGACCCAUGAGCUGCACAUGCAUUUCCUCGGAGUCACGGAUUUAUGGCAGACCGAGGCGCGCAUCCAAGAGCUGACUCGGUUGGUGAACCUCCUUCCGAUCGAGAAUUACACCCUGCUGCGCGCGCUCGUCGGCCAUAUCAUCCUGAUCUGCUCGCAUGCCGACGAGAAUCGCAUGGGUGUCAAGAAUAUUGGCAUCGUCUUUGCCCCGUCGCUCUACAUGCCGGCCGGGAUUCUAAGCGACAUGAUACAGCAAUACAAGGCGAUUUUCGAAGGAGAACCCAUUGAACUUGGUCCAGAAGACUCGACGCCUCCGCUCAAUCAGUCAACUUCGGAGCCGUCGCGGACAGAGCGAGGAGUCCCUGCCGAUGCGACUCAGGCAUCAGAAACGACGAAGCGGGGCAACAGGAACAGCAUGAUUUAUGCAACCAAUUCGGACGUACUUUUAAACUCUGUUGGACGCGAGCUGACUGAAUCAGGCGAUGCUGAAGAAUCAGACGGUGGCGAAAUCGUCGCAUUCGACGACGACGACGAAUAUCCGCUCUCGUCUUCCGGCGGCUCACCAACGCUCGAAGGACCCACACAUCGUGAUCUCUACCGCAUUUCAGAAGCGGCAUCCGUGAUCUCGCCACGCCUGCAAACGCCGCAGCAAUCUCCAGGACUACCUAAAUCGCCUCGCUUGGCCGAUGUGACGAGCGGUUUCAGCACAGACGGCAUGCGAUAAUCUGUGAAUGUCACGACAAGUUUCCCCUGCUGGUCACCCUACGUAUACCCUUAUAAUCUAUGAUCGAGGUUUCCGGCCUUUUCCACCACGGUUGAGAUCCCGCCGGGCACAUCGCCUCUUGUAUGCGCAAUCGAUAACGACGCUUAAGCUAUGACCGAACGCCUCGCGAUUUAGUGAUACGACCCGAAGACGGCUAAGGGGUAUGACCUGGUCUGGAGUCUGUGAUGCAUCUGGGAUCAUCUACCCUGUGACAAACCGCGAUGCCUUGACAUCAGAGAAAAGCAUCACAUAGAC